UAGUUUAUUCGUAACAUAUUCACAGUGUUCGGUAUCAAUACCGAUACGCAUAAUUGCUUUUCCUACAAGUGGAAAAAUGUCGAGAAAACGUAAAUUAUCAAAUAUAAAAGAAAGAUGCCGUAUUUGCCUCGUUGAUCAUGCAUGCAUGACUAAUUUAUUUGAUGAAGUUAUACAAUCAAGACUAACUGAUUUAAGUAAAUGUACUUCUAUCAAUAUUAAAGAUGAGCAUGGCUUACCAAAUGUUAUAUGUCAUAUAUGCCUUUACAAAUUGGACAUGUGGGAUGAAUUUAAAGAACAAUUUAUACGAUCAAAUCAAAUGUUAUUAAGUCAAUUGGAACUUAUAGGAACUUCUGACAAUGAGAAUUCUAAGUCCAAAAGAUCAUGUAAUAAUUUAGAACAAAGUGGAGAUGAUAGUCUUUCUGAUUCUUUUGAUAAGAAAAAAUCAAAAACAGAUGUACCAGCAUUAAUUCCUUUACAAUUUACAAAUAAUGAAAAUAUAACAAAUCAAACAAUGCUCAAAGAUAUGUAUAUAUCUGAAGAUGAUGUUACAUCUUCAAAGGAUUCUUCACAAAAGGCACAUGAUGCUUCUAAUGAUGAUAAAUGUAAAAAUAAUGAAAAACAAGAAAAUAAAGAUAAAAUUCAAUUAAAACCAACAUUAGUUCCAAUGAAAGUUAAACCAUUAACUGGAAGACGCAAUAUAACUGAACGAAGAAAAGCAUCAACUAAAAGAUGGGUUGCAAGGAAAAAGGCACUUCUUGCAGCAACAGGAGAAAGCGUUUCAGAUACAGAUUCUAUGGCAUCUGAUGAUACACAAUUAUCACCGGUGCAGAAGGCACGAGCAAAAACAAAUAUGGAUAAAGAAAUUGAGAAGCAAAAAAGAUUGAUUAGAGUAUUAAAAAAUUUGGAAACUAAUAUGACAGAUAAAUAUACAACUAAAAGUGACAGAAAUAAUUUUAUGAGUGUAGAUAGUGAUUCUGAUACGCAUAGAACAAGAUCUCUUAAAGAUAUUAAUUCUGAUGUUUCAUUAACUGAAGGUAAAAAUAUAUCUAAUAUGAAAGAAUGCACUGAAGUAAAAAAAGAUAAAUUUUCUGAAGAUUUAAAAGAAAAAGAAAGUCUUCCUGUAUUAUUGCCAGAAAAAGUUAUCGAAAAACAAUCAUCAGAAAAAAAUGGAAUAGAAAUAAUAGAAGAUACAUUUACACCAUGUUCAGUAAAAUCAGAAUUACAAAUUGGAGAUGCUACAUAUAUUGUUACUUCUACAUUAAUGCUUGCAGAACCUCAUUAUUUAAAUAAAGCAAAUUUAAAUACUUUGUCAAAGGAAUUUAAAAAUGGGACUAUUGAACAAAAUUCUCAAGAAAAAAAUACUGAUAUUAUUGAUGCUGUACAACUUCGUAGAAUUAAUCCAAUUCCAAUAGAUGCCAAUAAUAAAAAAUGUAUUGAGAGAUGUUUAAAUAUAGAAGUGGAAGGAACAGAAAUAGAAGCAUUAAAACGUGUACAAGUUGAAUUAGCAGGUUUUGUAGAGAAAGAAAUGAAACAUAGAUUAUUUGGGACAAAUAAUGAUAAUGUAAAAAAGAAUAAAGGAGGAUGUAAAACUUCAUAUCAAACUUUAGAUCAACAAUUGAAAAAUAUUAUAGAAAAAACUAUAAAGAAAAAUUUUGAAUCAUCUAUGAUGAGAAGUUGUGGUUCUGAUUUUAAUUCAUACUCCCAACAGUCUGGAAAAGUUUCACCAGCAUUUGUAAAAGAAGCUAUGAAUUCUAAAAAGUAUCAACCGAAAGUUCUAUUAAAACGUUUAGACUUAGCAAAAGAAAGUAUACAACGAAAUAUUAAUAAUAUGCAUGUUUUAAUUAAACGUACAGUUAAAAAUAAACUCGGCGGACCAUUUAGUAUGGUUUCUCAUAAAAGACAAAGUGUACUACCAAUAAGAUAUAAUGACUAUAAUACUUCAGCUUUAGAUUCUGAUUCAUAUUUAUCAGAUGAGACAUCUGAAGCCUCUAAGCCAGAUAAUCAUAAUACACAAAAGUUAGAAGAUAAAGAACAAAUUAACAUUAUGAAACAAAUAAAAGAGCCAAAAGUUGCGGAUCCUAUUACUGUUAAAAAUGAACAUAAAAUAGAAAUUCAAGAAAAUGUUUUUAAAAUAAUUUCAUCACAUGGUGAGAAACAUAUAUGCGGCGUGUGCGAACAAUCAUUCGAUAAUCAUAAUGAUGCGGUAACACAUGUUCGUAUGCAUAAAACAGAAACUACUUCUAUAUCGCGACAUAAUAAACAUAAAAUGAUGAGAUGUAAAAGAUGCCAUGAAAUAGUAGAAGCUAGAUUUGUAAAAGCUCAUGUAUGUAAAUCAUCAAAACAACAAAUUCACAAAUGUUAUGUAUGUAAUUCUACGUUCCGAACUGAAAAACUUUUGGUACGUCAUCUAGAAAGCCAUGAUCAGUCUGAAUUUAAUAUAGAAAAUAUAACAAAAGGAGAUGCUCAGAAAUUAAAUGCGAAUACAUCACAAAAUUCUAAAGAAACAAUACAUUUAAAAUCCGAAAAAAAUCAACUUUCAAAAAUAGAAAAUAAUCUAAUAAAAUCAGAUACUUCUAGAAUAGAAAUAAGCAAUGUUCAGUCAGAGAAAAUUGGAAUAUCUAAAAAUCGAGGAAAUUUCGUAUCAGGAGUAGAGAAACCAAAAGAAACAUAUACUUGUUUUGUAUGUGAUAAAAUAUUUACAGAUGAAGAAGUAUUAAAAGAUCAUUUACAAAAACAUUGUGAUGAUAUAAGUGAGGAUGAUCAAAGUCCUGGUAAAGAACAAUAUCAAUGUGCAAUUUGUGGAGAUUCACUAGAUUCUGAAGAAGCACUAGAAGCACAUGUUGAGAAACAUUUAUUUGAUGAAGAGGAUGAUAAUCCUAAUCUUAUUAAUAUUGCCAAUGAAAAUGAUAAGUCAAAUGAAGAACCUUAUCAAUGUUUGCAAUGUGCAGAAACAUUUAAUUCAGAAAUGUUAUUAGAAAUGCAUAUGCAAGCUCAUGAAGAAGAAGCUGCAAUAGCAGAAUGGGAAAAACAAGGAAUAAAAGCUUGUGAAUAUCAAUGUAUGAUUUGUGAUGAACUUUUUGACACAGAAGAAGAUUUAUCAGAACAUUUAGAUAUACAUAAUGGAAAUGCACAUGUUUGUCAGUUAUGUGAUAAACCAUUUCCCAGUCUUGAGGAUUUGCAAAAACAUGUUGCAACUCAUUAAUAUAAUUUAGCGUUGCCAGAAGAAUUCUCUCACAAAAAAAUAUGCUAUAUAUAUUCUAGUAUCCCUACUGUCACUCUUUAAAUAUGAGUGAUUAAUAAUAAUGUCAUUAUCCUAUCAUUAUCAUUUGUCUUUUUCCCAUUAUUCCCUUGAUCUGGUAACGCUAAUGUAAUUACUACUUUUUAAAUAUAUACAAAUUUUGUAAAAUCGUUUUGUAUAUUAAUAAGCUACCCAAAUAUUUUCAUGUAAUUUUGUGUGCAAAGAUUCUUGAGUUUGUAAUUUAUAAUAUAACUAAAACGAUUUUUUAUUAUAGUAAAUAUAAAUAUGUAUGAUAAUAUUCAGAUAUAUUAAGAAUUUAAAAUCAGUUUUUAAAUAACGUAUAACUCGCUUCCAUUUUAUUAUCUAUGAAAUAUUUGUAUUGCACUUGAUUUUUGAAUGACGUUUGAUAUUUUUAAUAAUAAUAUUAUAUUUGCAAAUGCAAAAAUUUUAAAUAUUGAAAAUUUAUGAAAAUAUAUAAAUAAUAUGAUUAUUUGUAAAUUAAAUAUAAGAAUUAGUUAAGAUAAUUAUUUUAGCAUACAAUAGAAUUAUAAAAAAUUCAUUUAUAUAUAUAUAUGUUAAAUAUUUCAUAUAUAAAUAUAAAUGUAUUAAAAAUUUGUGUACAUAAUACUUAAUAAAAAUUGUUCGUAAUACAAAGUGAUUAUUUAUAUAUAAACAAUAUUUAUAAUAUAUGAACAUAAAGUCGCGUCUUCAUUGCGUUAACAUUUAAUCGAUAAAACCAUUCAGUAAUGCCAACAAGUGUUGACUUGUGCAUCGAUUUAGAUUAUGUGACUUGAAAAAUCGAACGAUAUUUCAAUCGAUUUACCGAUUGUUGUCGAUAAAAUAUCAAAAUCGCGCCAAAAUCAAUAUUGGAUGGUUGAAUUGUUAUUAAAUUAUUGAAUACGAUUAAUUAAUCGAUAAAAUGGGGAUGUAGCACAAAAAAAUUGAUCGAUUAAAUUAUUGUGUAAUAGCAAUUAGUAUUGAUUAAUAUUAAUGCAAUGGGAACGCGACUUAAUAUAAAAAAUCUCAUAAUAUGUAGCAAAUGAAAUUGAUUAGAAAUAGGAUCGAUUAAAGAAACAAUUAAUAUAAAUUGUAACCUGUUUUUUAAGUGAAAUUUAAUAUAUGAAAUUUGAUGAGUAUGCAAAUAUAUAUUUUUAUGAUAUAAUAUUACACAUUAAUUUUUUUCUUUAAAUAAUUUUCAUUGAAAGAUUUUACAUUAUAAUUAUUUUGGCCAAAGCGUGAUUAUUAUUGAAAUCAUUUUCGCAAUUAAAUUUUUCAUGCUACAAAUUUUUGUAAAUGUAAUUAGCGUUUGUAAAAUGUAUCAGUACAUUGUAAUAUUUAUAAGUGAGAAUAGUCGCUGCAUCAUGUAUUAUGUAAUAUUUCGUACAUAUGUCAUUUAUUAAGUUAUACAUAAUAAAUUUUAUACACAAACUAUUGUCUAUUUAACAAUAUUAUGGAAUCGCGAACAUUCUUUACAGAAAAUAAUUUGGAGGACUAAUUAUAAACAAUUACAAAAAUCAGUCACUGGCUGAAUUGUAAAUGUUAUUAUAUUCUACUAUAUUUACAUAAAUACUGUGUGUAGUAACACAUCAUUUGCUCGUGACGAAUAAUUAGCAUUUAUCACUAUAUACCAUGAAAAUUUGACUUGAUUUGUUGAAAUUGAUCCUUCUGAGCGCUUAGCAGAAUUGUGAUAUUAAAAUAACAAAUGAUUUUAUUAAUGCCAACUUUGUUUCUAAAAUUUUUUUAAUUAGAUGGAAAACUAUAAUAAAUGCUUCAUUUUCAACCAUUUAAAU